GCUCUGUUUCCUAAGACAGUGUGUUGUCUUAGUAAAAUCAUCCCUUUCCUUGGGUGGCUAGAUUCUCACAUCUGGUGCACCCACCAUUACAUCUAUACACAGUUAUCUCGACUCAUAGCUCGUUCCGCUCAUUCGAGGAUACUGAAUGGAAAAGGCUUGCUAUCUUACAGAAUCCUCACUAUCCACUACCCUCAGCAACAACUAUUCGAAACCUCUUACCAACAAAGCUCACACAAAUCGAAGAAGAGAUGCUACAAGAUGUUGUUCCUGGUUCAAAGAUUGCAUUAUCGCUCGACUGUUGGUCAAGUGUUACUCGACUUUCGUUUAUGGGUGUUAUUGCAUCGUUUAUCGACUGUCAUUGGAAAAUGCAAGAGGUCUUGAUUGGCUUUGAACCUAUAUAUACAGAGCAUACUGGUGCUGAGUUAUGUGGAAUACUUGAAAAAGUUAUCACAAGGCAGCAUUUAGAAGGACGAAUUAUAUCCAUUACGACUGAUAAUGCGUCAAACAACACUUUGAUGAUGAGAGAUGUGGAAAUAAUGCUUGAUAGUAUUGCGGACAAUGAGCAUUUUAUUGGAGGAAAGGUACAACACAUACCCUGCCUAGCUCAUGUUAUUCAACUUGCCAUUAGUGCUCUCCUUGGCCGAAUCCAGAUUACGCCACAAAUCAAGAGAUCUUAAUGAACUGGGAAGAAGAGAACCAGAUGGAGGGCCUUGCAAAGUUACAAAAAGACAAGGGUACCGGAUUUACACUUGGAAAGCUCCGGAAGCUCACUAUCUUUGUUAAUUUAAGUCAUACUCGAAGGAACAGGU